AUGCCAGGCGGCUAUCUCCCGAUUCACGUGCACGCCCGGCAGUUGUUUUUGACGUACGCCUUCUCCGUUACCCUGUGGGUCGGCGGUGUUGUCUGCCGCAGCCCCCUCAUAGCAAUUGCGGACUACGAACGAGAACACGGUCUGCCAAAUAAUUACAUCAACUGUGCAAUAACGGGACAAGGUGCACAUGGCGCCUGGCAGAAAUUUGAAAGGGGAGAACUUUCUUUGUUUCCAUUUUACGAGGCGUUCGGGCAUGAGCUGUCCGAUACCAAGGUGAAUAACGUGUGGUACGCCCAGUAUUGCAAACGCAGGGGCAUAGAGUGUCCAAACCUUCCUGACAAGCUGGCCAUCGACGGCCGAGAGCUAUUCGGCCGCAUGAUGCGCGACAGCGGAUCCUUCGAUGAAGUCGUUGUCGAGGCCAUCCGCCGCAUUCGAGCCGCUGGAAAAUGGCGUAUCAUCGCACUCACCAACAACUUCUCCAAGACGGGCGCGGACAUUAUCGCAGAGGCGCCGCCGUCGGCGGAGCAGUACCCUGGCCUCACCAUCAAGUCUGAGCUGGCCUUUUUGGGCUGGGAAGAAGGCCCGACCCCCCCUCGAUUACGUGUGCUCUUCGACGACUUCUGCGAUUCGAGUGCCCUCGGGAUGAGGAAACCCGAGCCCGGGAUCUAUCACUUGGCCUGCAAGCGGAAUGGGAUACACCCGUCUGAGGCCGUGUUCCUCGACGAUCUCGGGAUGAACCUCAAAGUAGCUCAAGAACUGGGAAUGGAGACGAUCCACGUACCGUUAGGCAAUUCGCCGAGUGCUAUCAAAAAGCUGGAAGACAAGUUGGGCAUCAAAUUGACCCGCGAGCCUGAGCCAACAAUGCAUCCGAAUGCCAAAUUAUGA